UAGAGGUGUUGGCGCCGAAGAGAAAGAAGGCAUCUGUGUAAUCUGGAUCAAACCUUUAUUCUGAUUCUCAGCCAUGUCGGGACGAAAGAAGGUCAGGGAACCCAAAGAGGAAAAUGUGACCCUUGGACCAACUGUUCGAGAUGGGGAGCAUGUUUUCAGUGUUGCCCAUAUCUUUGCGUCAUUCAAUGAUACAUUUAUUCAUGUGACUGACUUGUCUGGGAGAGAAACACUUGUUCGGAUCACUGGAGGUAUGAAGGUCAAGGCAGACAGGGAUGAAUCUUCACCAUAUGCUGCUAUGCUUGCAGCACAAGAUGUUGCACAAAGAUGCAAGGAACUUGGAAUUACUGCACUGCAUAUUAAACUCCGUGCAACUGGUGGAAACAAGACAAAGACACCUGGUCCAGGUGCCCAAUCUGCUCUAAGGGCACUGGCUCGGUCUGGAAUGAGAAUUGGUCGAAUUGAUGUCACCCCAAUUCCCACCGACAGCACCCGAAGAAAGGGUGGGAGAAGAGGGAGGAGGCUGUAGUUUUCUUUAUCCAGCCAUCAAGAAUGUUUGGUUAAGCUGUCCCUUGAGCCUCUUUUCUUUUGGGGAAAAGCUAUUAAAAUUUUACAGCUGGUAGCUCCAAGUCCAGGCUAAUGUCAUAUGGUGAUAUCAUUGGUCUGUUCUUGCGACAUUUUGGGAUGUGAUACAAUUUACAUAGUAAUCAUUGGUACCUUAGGUUGAAAUCCAUUUCUUAUUU